GCUCCUAGUUAGACUAACAUAUAUCGCGUUAUAUGAAUAAGCUUUUCAUGAUUGCCAUUCCAGCAGGAGACAUGAAGAGGAGCAGAUGAGGACGCGCGGGAGGCGUCUUGUUUCUGGAAUGAAACGCGUCCUUCCCUCCUUGUGGAGCGCGCACGCACACUGACGUAGCGGGCUGCUGUUUACUUCCAACCUGAAGAGUGGUGUGACCUGCUGUAGGUAGAGAGGCACCGCGUAUGUCUGAAACAUUUCAGUUAGUUCACAAUAAAAUCGUGUCGGAGGUGAUAGUCCAUUGUUUUGAGACAUUAAAAGCAGCCGUCCCCCCUCACAGAGGACGCCUACGCGGUGGCAGCCCAGCAGAAGUCAUCAUGGAUUACCUUUAGUCCAGUGGCUCUCACCAGACAGUGUGACAGCACAAACUGGGACAGGAGACUGUUGCUACCAGUUAGCAAGGCUAGCUGCUCAGCUAACGUUACACCUUUUUGACCCAGCGUUACAUCGGCGGCAGAUUCUCACAGUGUCCUUGAGAAAUUCUCCUCGACGCAUCAUGGCUCCCAAAGACAUCAUGACCAAUUCCCACGCCAAAUCUAUCCUCAACGCGAUGAAUUCACUCCGCAAGAGCAACACACUUUGUGAUAUUACUCUGAGGGUGGAGAACACAGAUUUUCCAGCCCACCGUAUUGUCCUGGCUGCCUGCAGUGACUACUUUUGUGCCAUGUUCACCAGUGAGCUAGCAGAGAAGGGGAAAUCUUUUGUCGACAUUCAAGGCCUCACUGCAUCAACCAUGGAGAUCCUGUUAGACUUUGUCUACACAGAGACGGUGCUUGUUACAGUGGAGAAUGUACAGGAAUUGCUUCCUGCUGCAUGCCUGCUACAACUCAAAGGGGUGAAAAGAGCCUGCUGUGAUUUUCUGGAUAGUCAGCUCGACCCCUCCAACUGUCUGGGUAUUCGCGACUUUGCCGAGACCCACAAUUGCCUCGACCUGAUGCAGGCUGCUGAGCUCUUUUCCCAAAAGCAUUUUCCCGAGGUGGUUCAGCAUGAGGAGUUCAUGCUGCUCAGCCAGACAGAAGUUGAAAAGCUUAUCAAAUGUGAUGAAAUACAGGUGGACUCAGAAGAACCUGUAUUCGAGGCAGUGUUGAAUUGGGUCAAACACAACCGCAAAGAGCGAGAGCCGUAUUUGCCAGACAUGCUCGAAUUUGUUCGAAUGCCUCUGCUGACGCCCCGCUACAUCACAGAUGUCAUCGACUCUGAGCCACUCAUUCGGUGUAGUCUGCCAUGUCGAGAUCUUGUGGAUGAGGCCAAAAAAUUCCACUUGAGACCAGAGUUGAGGAGCGAGAUGCAAGGCCCGCGCACACAAGCUAGACUAGGUGCCAAAGAAGUCCUGUUGGUUAUUGGUGGGUUUGGCAGUCAACAAUCACCAAUAGAUAUAGUUGAGAAAUAUGAUCCUAAAACUCAAGAGUGGAGCUUCCUACCUAAUAUUGCACGGAAGAGGCGUUACGUGGCCACGGUGUCGCUCCACGACAGAGUGUAUGUGAUCGGAGGCUAUGACGGUCGGUCGAGGCUCAGCUCAGUCGAAUGCCUGGACUACACAGCGGACGAGGAUGGCGUCUGGUACACCGUCGCCACCAUGAAUGUGCGCCGUGGCCUUGCUGGAGCCACAACACUCGGCGACAUGAUCUAUGUUGCUGGAGGUUUUGAUGGCAGCCGACGUCAUACCAGCAUGGAGCGAUACGACCCGAACAUUGAUCAGUGGAGCAUGCUGGGAGACAUGCAGACAGCCAGAGAGGGAGCUGGGCUGGUGGUGGCCAGUGGGCUUAUAUACUGUCUAGGUGGCUACGAUGGAUUAAAUAUACUGAAUUCAGUGGAGCGCUAUGAUCCACACACAGGGCACUGGACAAGUGUUACACCCAUGGCCACCAAGCGGUCUGGGGCUGGUGUAGCUUUGCUCAAUGACCACAUCUAUGUGGUAGGAGGCUUUGAUGGUGUUUCACACCUUGACUCUGUGGAGGUUUAUAACAUCAGAACAGACUAUUGGACCACUGUAGCCAGUAUGACUACUCCUCGAUGUUACGUAGGAGCAACUGUCCUCCGAGGUCGUCUCUAUGCCAUAGCCGGAUAUGAUGGCAACUCUCUUCUCAGCAGUAUUGAGUGUUAUGACCCAGUUAUUGACACGUGGGAGGUUGUCACCUCCAUGGCCACACAGCGAUGUGACGCAGGAGUGUGUGUUCUACGAGAAAAGUGAUUUUCUUCGCCAAUGACAAGAACCUCAAGAAGCCAAAGUGGCGUGGAGGACUGGCAGACAGACUUUGUUCACAUGCCACUAAAAUGGAGCCACAAAGGGAGAUGUUUGGUCGCCAGUAUGCAAACAGGUACCCUCAGAAACGAUUGCAGCUGUUCGGGGCUGCUUGUCUCUGCCAGACAGCUAAACCUUUGAAACUUGGACUGUGCAACAGAGAUUCAGCUUCACCGUGGUUGAGUCCAUUUCUUAAGAAGCCUCCAAGGAACCCACCACCACUUGCAUGACUCUCUUUGGUGGUACUUGUUGCUGUCGUUACUGUGAGAUUAUUUUUUCAUUUGGUCUUCAAAGUGCAAUAUAUUUCUACUUGUGGGGAAAAAAAAUGAAAAGAUGGAGCAGAUUUAGACUCCAGCUGCUGCUAUAUGCCUUAUGCCCUUGGCCUACAUCUACCAGAACAUCCAUGUUGCCUCCCAUUUUGACUGUGAUGAUUGUUACAUUAGCUUGUUAUCAAGUAUAAUCAUUUGGCAUUUGCAAGGUCAGUAAUUCAAACCCCUUUUGUAUUUUUUCUGUAUAAAGCUCAGUGCUUUUAGAGUCAAAUCACUUUAAUACAAAAGGUUUACUAUUUGUUAUUGUUCCCGAAAUAGAGGAUAUAUUUAGAGAUAAAUAUUGUUCUAGGAAAUGACUGAAUUGUGCCAUUGUACUCUUUGCUUAUUUUGUCGCUCUUACGUGAUUGUUGAGAUCUCAAAAGUGGAAAAAAGGCAAAAUAAUGAGUAUGAGGUGCAUGUGAUUGUCCUCAGCUUAUUCAUCUGGACACGUACAUGUCGGUCACUGAACCCUACAGUUACUGUCGCUUGGGAAGUGAAUAAACAUAAUGAGAACUGAU